GUUGAACCAAGUUUGGAACAUGAUUUUCAUGUUCAAACAUUCAUCGUUUAUGGUAUUAUUCUUUUGAUUAGUUAAAAAAAUAAAUAAAAAAUAAACCGUAGACACCAAACGGAGGAUUUGAGUUUCUUGAUAUCGUAAAACGAUUCGAAUGAUCAGCAAACGAUUGCCUAACAAGCUCAUGCGGCCACUUUUACUCGUGCUCCGACUGCGACCGUGACAGUGUAGUGAAACAAGUGGCUGAAGCUAGAGAGAGCUUCAUCCUGUCAUCCACAGGUAUUGGGCGCCGAAGCACAGCGUAGUGAGAGAUGCUAACCUUAAUUCCACACCCUCCACCCUUUCCUUUUCUCUCUCCUCUGCUGUCGUCUCCAAUUCAAAGACGCCAUUUUUCCAGAAGAAUUUUUCUAAGAUCCGAGGUUUGUAACCUGCUAAACCCGACGAGCAGAGCAAUGGUGAUCAUGGGUAGCAUUAAAAGCGGAGAAGAUGCUCUCCCUAGAGUUCAAGCUAGUCCACAGCUUUACCUUGGCAUGGAUUUCGGCACAUCCGGGGCUAGAUUUGCUCUUAUUGACGAGAAAGGCACGAUUCAUGCCCAAGGCAAAAAGGAUUAUCCGCAACAUCUGACAGAGUGGAAAUGCAAUAGAUUGGGCUAGUUCCUGGAGAAUGACACUUUUCUUGCUACUUGAAGAUGUCCCAGUUAGCCUCCGCCCAUUUAUUGUUUCCAUAUCUCUUGAUGGAACUUCUGCAACAACCAUAAUGGUUGACAGCACCACAGGAGAGCCCUUAUGCAGACCCUUUCUCUAUAAUGAGACCUGUCCUGAUGCUUUACCAGUAGUCAAGUCUGUUGCUCCUGCAAACCAUACUGUUUGUUCUGGUUCUUCAACCCUCUGCAAGCUUGUUUCAUGGUGGAAUUCUCAUAGUUUAAUUAAAGAAUCUGCCCUGUUGCUCCAUCAAGCAGAUUGGCUGCUGUGGCAUCUCCAUGGAAAGCUUGGUGUGUCCGAUUACAACAAUGCUCUAAAGGUUGGAUAUGAUCCAGAGGUUGAAUGCUAUCCAUCAUGGCUGCUUUCUCAGCCAUAUUCACAAAUUCUUCCUGCUGUCCAAGCUCCUGGAACUUUAAUUGGUUAUAUAAAAGAAGAUGUUAGAGAAAAAUUUGGUUUACCGAAAGAUUGUGCUAUCUGCACAGGAACCACAGAUAGUAUAGCUGCUUUUCUUGCAGCUCGUGCUAGACAACCCGGGCAGGCUGUCACAUCGUUGGGUUCAACACUUGCUAUUAAGCUCCUCAGCACCAGUCGAAUUGAGGAUGCUCGGUUUGGGGUAUAUAGUCAUCGCCUUGAUGAUAAGUGGCUUGUCGGUGGUGCCUCAAAUACUGGAGGAGCUGUUCUUAGGCAUAUUUUCACAGACAAGCAGUUGGAGGAAUUAAGUAAACAAAUUGAUCCCCUAGAACCCUCUCCACUUGACUACUACCCUCUGCCAGCUGUUGGUGAAAGGUUCCCUGUAGCAGACCCAAAAAUGCUAUCAAGGUUAGAUCCACGCCCAGAAAGUGAUGUAGAGUACUUACAUGGAAUUUUAGAAUCUAUUGCACGAAUUGAGGCUAAGGCUUAUGGAUUACUGAAGGAUCUUGGUGCAACCCAAGUGGAAGAAGUUUUCACUGCUGGAGGGGGUUCAAGAAAUGAGAAAUGGAUAAAGAUUAGGGAGAGGGUGCUUCGUUUGCCUGUAAGCAAAGCAAUUCAAACAGAGGCCGCAUAUGGAGCUGCUUUACUGGCGAUGAAGGGUGCCCGGCAAAUGUCCCAGUGAAUCUAGACGACAAUUGGGUAUAAAGUAUAAACCAUCACAUUAUUAUCCAUGGGAGAUAACUUGUAAAUUGUUUUAUAAUUAAUCAAAUAACUUUGUAGAAUAUUCAGCAUUAAACACCAGCUUGUUACAAUGGCUGGGAUCUUGUCAAUAUAGUAGGCUCCACAUUCAUUCAUGGGUGGAUCCCAUUGUAACA